GUGCUAUAUUAGGGCUUCUCAGACAGGAAGAAUUUUCUUUUGCUGGUGCUUCCGUAGCUGGUCCAGUUACCUUCAGAGCUUCACCCUUUGUGUAGAGGAAGUAUUGAUAAAAUAUCUUUGCAAAGUCAAGCAUAGUGGCUCACACCUGCAGUUCCAGAGCAGAAGAAGGCUGAGGCCAGAGGAUCCCCAGGAGUUUAAAGCAAGCUUGGACAAGGAAAUCCAGAAGAUUGGAUAACCAAGAAAUGACUAAUCAGGAGUCUGCUGUCCUUUUGAAAAUGAUGCCAGAAUUUCAGAAAAGCUCGGUUCGUAUCAAGAACCCUACAAGAGUAGAAGAAAUUAUCUGUGGUCUCAUUAAAGGAGGAGCUGCCAAACUUCAGAUAAUAACAGACUUUGAUAUGACACUAAGUAAGUUUUCCCACAAUGGGAAAAGAUGCCCAACAUGUCAUAAUAUCAUUGACAACUGUAAGUUUGUUACAGAUGAAUGUCGAAGAAAGUUACUGCAGUUAAAGAAGCAAUAUUACGCUAUUGAAGUUGAUCCUGUUCUCACUGUGGAAGAGAAGUUCCCUUACAUGGUUGAGUGGUAUACCAAAUCGCAUGGUUUACUUGUUGAACAAGGCAUACCAAAAGCCAAACUUAGAGAGAUUGUGGCAGACUCUGAUGUCAUGCUCAAAGAAGGAUAUGAGAAUUUCUUUGCUAAACUUCAACAGCACAGUGUCCCUGUGUUCAUAUUUUCGGCUGGUAUCGGUGAUGUGCUAGAAGAAGUUAUCCGUCAGGCUGGAGUCUAUCACCCAAAUGUCAAAGUGGUAUCUAACUUCAUGGAUUUUGAUGAAAAUGGAGUGCUAAAAGGAUUCAAAGGAGAACUAAUUCAUGUAUUCAACAAACAUGAUGGUGCCUUGAAGAAUACAGACUAUUUCAGCCAACUGAAAGACAACAGCAACAUCAUUCUGCUGGGAGACUCCCAAGGAGACUUACGGAUGGCAGAUGGCGUAGCUAAUGUUGAACACAUUCUGAAAAUUGGUUAUCUGAAUGACAGAGUAGACGAGCUUUUAGAGAAAUACAUGGACUCUUACGACAUUGUUUUAGUACAAGAAGAAUCCCUGGAAGUUGUCAACUCUAUUUUACAGAAGACAUUAUAAACACGCCGUUGUGAGCCUUCUCCCACGGGUGCAACUGAAACAAGCACUGUCCACCUUGAGGAAAGACUCAUUGAAACACAUCCUUGCUCUUGGCAUUGUCCCUUUCCCUAUCUGAGGGAUCUUCAAAUGUGUUGAACCUAUAAACUGCAGCCCUUUUUUCCAGCCUCCAUCACUAUACUCAUCAGAUUUUUUUAAGCAAUUAAAAACGAUCUUAAGACCAGAAUUGGAAAAAUAACUCCCUUUUCCAAAGUGAAUUUUGUAGUUUGGUGUUCUGUACUUUCUGGGGCAUUUUUCCAAAUGAGUGUGUGGAAGUUCAGAGGCCAUUCUCUAGGGGGAUAGUAUUUAUGAUUUUAACCACUGCUAGCUUUGUAAUUUGGGUGGAGUAUGAUAACACCACCUCCUGAAAUUGUGUUUUAUUUGGUUAUUUUGUCUGAAAAAAAUAUUUGCCAGGAAGUCCGGCACUUUGUAUCUGAAAAGCUGUUGGUGUCUACAUCACUAACAUUACAAAUACUCUGUGUGAAACACUGAAAAUAAACCUGAAAUGGAAAACUUUUUUAAAA